AUGUGCAUAACUGCCGGAAUAUUUGGAGCGGCACGCCUACGCAAGAAACAUCGGCAUCAGUUCCUGACACGAAAUCUUCCGUGGAUCGUGGAGCAAGCCUCAACGCGCGAGAUUCUUCCUAGCUGUAGAUUGGGAAAACCAUUGGGAAGAAACAAUACCAGAGCUUCAGGAGCGUCUUGGAGUCACUGCGUUUCAAGUAGUAUUUUGGAAAGCUGUCCGAUAGUUCUUUCAAGAUUUCACUGA